AUGAAUCAUAUAUUCACAUUUGAAACUAACCUAAAUGAUAUUUUUACCAGGGAUGAUAUAGAGAAGUCCGAAAGAUGUUGCGAUUACUGUAUAAAAAGGAAAAGGGUAUGCAAAUGCGAGACGAUAAAAAGGGAGUUGGGCAGUGAGGAGGGGAAGGACAUAGAAGAGCUGAUGGAGUUAAAGAUGUACUACGAUGAGAUAUGCGAAAAGAUUGUGGACAAGUAUCAGGAUGUUGUAAGCCGGUUCGAGUAUGAUAAGGAUAUUGUUAAGUACAUAAAGGGUAACAACAUAAAUGAUGAAAUAGAAUGUGAGGACUGGUUAUAUUUUUAUGAAUUGUUAAAAGAAAGAAAAAUAGUAGAAAGGUGCAUUGAUACAAAAGAGAGUAAAGAAGUGAUAUCAUUUUAUAGUUUCCAUAUAGAUGAAGAAGCAAAUUUUUUAAGUAGUUUAAAUUAUUAUCUGAAGACCAAUAAUUAUAAUAAUAUAUAUCAUAAUUGGAUGGGAAUGAGUAUUAAUCCGUUCAACGAAUAUGGAAGCAGCUGCAGUGAUGGUUCUUUUUCUUUAUGUAAAGAAGGAAAAGUAGAGGAGGGUACAAACAUAAUUUUUUCUGAUGAUAAUAUGACCACAUCAAUAGUAGAAGAAUGUGAGAAUGAUCAUAGUACUUUAUUAUCAUUACUUGGAUUUGGUGAAUACAAAAAAGUGCAUUCACUGUAUUAUUUUUUAUAUAUACAAGAUAACGAAAGAUGGAUUUCUGGCAUGAACAAUACAGGAAAUAUAUGUCAUCUAGAAAAUAUUGAUCAUGUAUGGAAUAAAACUGUUAGAGAAAGUACCAAUAGAAUAAAAUUAUUUCACCUAAUUACUGCAAAUAGUGUUAGAAGUAAUGAUGCUGACUAUAUCAGAAUAAAAAAAAAAGAUCUUUUUAAUGAAAAUUUUCUUCUAGAAAGUAGUAUACAAAUUGAGUGGGUUUUAUGUACCAGUCAGCUAAUAUGCGCUUUAGGUAUGAUAGACAUUGGUGGAUGCUUUAUUAUGAAACUCAAAUUAUCCUUUGACAAUUUUCUCUUAUCCGUAUUUGCCAUUUUAUCUAUAUGUUUUAAAAAAUUAGAGGUUUAUAAACCGUCUUCUUGUUAUGUAGGAAAUGUAGUUUUCCUAGUAGCUACCUAUUUUAACGGAAUUACCUCCAUAUUCUUGUCCAGCUUGAAAAACUGGGUUCAGUCCGCUCAGAGGGAUAUUGCACCGCUACUGGGAUGUGGAAGCAGCGGUGUUGAUGGUGGCAUCCGGUUGGCCAAGAAAAAGAAAUUUUCCAAUCACAGUCUAAUACCAAGAAAGUGGAUAAAGCAUAGCUUUUUUGAGGAGUACAAGAAAUGCAUCAAACAUUUCGUUGAUUAUUUAGUUUUUCAUUUAAAAAAAUGCAUUAACGUUUCUAACACUAACUUGAUGAAAAAAAAUAUUGAGAAUACGAAAAAUACAUACAUAUCUCAAUUUUUCCAAGUGCAUAAAAUUGGUGCUCUUCGAGAAAGAGAGAAAUUGCUGAACAGGUCAGGUGAAAACAUGAUAUAUUGCGAUGAAAGCAAAUUGAUGCAUGAUCAGGCAAGCAAGCAGACUAGAAGUUAUGCUAAUCCUCAUACGAACAAUCAUUCAAGCAAUGGAAGUAUCAAAUAUACUAAUGAGGGGGGCAUAGUACAAAGUAGUGCAUUAGACGACGUGCUGUUAGACAAACCAAACGGGAUGAGGGACGAACUGGAAAGCUUUAAUUUUUUUAGAAACAAGAAUUUAUACAAAAUUAAAAAUAGUUUAUUACUUUUAAUUCCGAAUCGUAUGAGGGUAAAGGAAUCGCUCUUCUAUGAAAAUACAUAUGGUGGAAAUGUACUAUGUAAGAAGUACACUGUGAAUGACAAUGUAAGGAAGUAUAAAAAACAAAUAAGUGGUUUGCUAAAAAAAAUUGAAUAUAGAACAGUAGAGGAAAAGGUGGAAAAGAAAGGUUUAUUCGAGUUAGACAAUGAUAUAAUAGCAAAAAGACUUUUUUUCUUAACGGAUAAGAAUUCUUUUUCCGAGCAACAACAAAAAUUUGAAGACCUGUUAAAGAAGCAAAUAUAUUUUUCCAAAAAAAAUUGGUUUAAAUGUUACAUGCAUAAUGAUAUAACAAAUUUUCAUAAUCCUUUUUAUUUAGAUAAAACAUUAUUUAUAAAUAUUCUUAAAUGUAGAUAUUAUAUAUACUAUAAAAAUUGUGAUAUGCAUAUAAGCAGUUUAAGACAAAUAUUAAAGCAGUAUGAGCCAUUCAACACGACUUAUAUAAAUUACGAGUUAUAUACUAGUGUUAUUGAUUGCUUGUUCGUUUUAAAAAAUUGUGCUUCUUUGGACAUAUUCGAAGAUUCCAACUUUUUGCAAAAUUUUCUAGUUAUUAGUAGAGAAUCAAACGUGUUUGAUUUUUUUUCAAAAUUUGAAGGUAGAGGGAUUCAUGUUUUAUUACGAGAUCCUGACCUAGGUGCUGAAGUAGAUGAGGAAGGUGAAGGUCCAUCCGUAAACGUGGAAGACAUGUUCAGAAGGAGGUUGCCAUAUAAAAUGUUCAGCGAAUUGUUAAUAAACAAGUUGAAGAAAAAAAAUGUGUGCGCACUAGUAUAUAUCGAUUUGAAUACAAUAUUACCAAAUUAUGUACAUGUAGUUGAGAAGGAGAUAAAAAUAAAAAAUUAUUUGGUUGCUAGUGUAAUUAUAGCAUUUAAUUAUUUAAAGAAAGGUGGAAAUAUGAUAUUGCGUUUAAGCAGUGUACUUACUUUUUUUACAGCGGGGAUAAUAUAUCUAUUGUUUUGUUCUUUUGAAAAAGUGCAAUUUUUUUUACCGCCAUCAUGUGAUGAUAUAUAUUUAGAUUUAUAUAUAUAUUGUCAUAAUUUCAGUGAGUAUUAUAUAUAUCGCCAUUACAUCCAGUACAUGUGGGACGCAAUCACAUGCAAUCAAUACCUCGACGAACAGUUGUGUAGUAAUAGGGGUUCCAGGUGCGAUAGGGAUCCCACACAAAGCAUGGAAAGCAGUGGAACGAAUGGCGGUGGAAGCGUCCGUAGAAGCGCAGAUAUAAACGAUGAUAGGAACUGCAAUGGUAUGAGUAACGGUAAUACUAACAGCAUUAGUAACGACAACAUUGACAGUGGUAAGAGUACACAAGCAGACAGCACAAAAAAAAGGAAAAAGGACGUUUACUUUUGCGUUCCCUUGUACUUCCUCAUGAACAAACAGUUUGUGGUUCUUCUAAAAGAGUUCAACUAUUUUUAUUUUAAAAAUCAUAUUAAUGUUUGUCUAAAUUUUAUGAAAGAUUUGAAAUAUUUUUACCAUAAUAAGUCUUUAAUAAAAUGCAUGUUAGCACAUUUCUUUACCGCCUAUGUGUUACCUGAUGUGUCUUUUACUAAUGCUUACAAAUCAUUAACAGUUAAUCAUAACAUUUUUGAUGAAAAGAAGGAAGACUACACUGACAAUGAAGAGGAAAAGGAUGAAAGUGAUGAAGAAGACGAUAUGGGAAAAGUGGAACAAAUUAAUAUAAGCAAAGAACAAGUAGAAGAAACAUACUGGGGAAGAGUAAAAAAAAAAAGAAGCUCGAAUAUAGAGGAAAAUGAUACAAAUAAAAAUAAUGGUAACGAACAGAUGGUUGGAAAUAAAGGAAAUGGUAAUCUAAACUUUUUAUUUGAUUUAAAAAAACAGGAAGAGAUGGAAGCAAAAAAGAAGUUUGACAGUUCCUCUAGUGAAUCCAAUUAUUCAAUAAUAUAUGAAUAUAAGAGUGUUCCUAGCGAAGUAUCUGUGUCCGAGACGGCUUGGGAAAGCCCCUAG